GGGACCCACCCAUCCCGUGACGUCACUGGGCUCUGACAAGCUGGUGGUGCCGGAAGAAAAGAUGGCGGAUCAUGAGGAGCAGCUAUCCGACGAGGAAAAGGUACGCAUAGCGGCUAACUUUGUCAUCCACGCCCCACCAGGAGAAUUUAAUGAAGUUUUCAAUGAUGUGCGAUUGCUGCUCAACAAUGACAAUCUGCUCAGGGAAGGUGCAGCGCAUGCAUUUGCACAGUACAACUUGGACCAGUUUACCCCCGUGAAAAUCGAGGGCUACGAAGAACAGGUCUUAAUCACAGAGCAUGGUGAUCUUGGGAAUGGCAGGGUCUUGGACCCCAAGAAUAAGAUCUCCUUCAAGUUUGACCACCUGAGGAAGGAGGCCAGUGACCCACGGCCCCAUGAUGUUGACAGCUCCCUGGAAGGCUGGAGGAGUGCUGUGGACUCUGCCGUCAGGGCCUAUGUCAAGGAGCACUAUCCGAGCGGUGUCUGCACCAUUUAUGCGAAAACCAUUGAUGGACAUCAAACCAUCAUCGUGUGCAUUGAGUGCCAUCAGUUUCAACCAAAAAACUUCUGGAAUGGACGCUGGAGGUCAGAAUGGAAAUUUACCAUCUCCCCCUCCACCACCCAAGUGGCAGGAAUCAUGAAAAUCCAGGUUCAUUACUAUGAGGAUGGAAAUGUCCAGCUGGUGAGCCACAAAGAGGUUCAGGAGUCCAUGUCAAUUUCUAAUGAGGCUGCAACUGCAAAGGAGUUUGUUAAGAUCAUGGAGGCUGCAGAGAAUGACUAUCAGACGGCCAUCAACGAGAAUUACCAGACCAUGUCGGACACUACCUUCAAAGCCUUACGCCGCCAGCUUCCUGUGACACGCACCAAGAUCGACUGGAACAAGAUCCUGAGCUACAAGAUUGGCAAAGAGAUGCAGAAUGCUUAAAAACAGCAAAGAUAACAGUCAGAUCCCCACUCCCCGCCCCCAGCCCCUCCAUCCCCAUCCAAAAAAAUGUUGCAUGACUGGAUAGUUGUAUCGUCUUUGUACAAACAAUUAGAGAAAACUGGGGCAAAGAAAGGUUUGGUCUCACAGAGUUCACAUGACACAUUGGAUGACUGUUUUGAUUUUAUACAGACACUCUUAACUCCUGUAUACUGAAUUUGUGAUCGUAUUUGGGAAAAUCUAUCUUGAGGAAACUUUGCGAGACAUAGGACACAGGGUGGACACUUGUUUGCAUAAACACCCUUAUGAAAUAAAAUAUUAUGUGUGCAGUAAGUAUUGCAUCAGUGAGACCACACCUUUUUGUUUGAUGGAAAUCGGUUAGAAUUUGCAAUAAUGGUGAAAACAAAUUCAUUUCUGGGAGAAUUUUUGUCUGCAUUUACAGAGGAAGUCAGUUACUAUGGCUGAAACGAACAACUCCCCACCCCACACCCCUCGUGCCCCCACCACCACCCCAAAAAAAAAAAAAGGUUUUGUGUUCAUUGACUGAUAUAUUUGGCACAAGCAGCCACCACUGUCAGCCACUCAAUGUUCUUGUUCUCUCAUUUUGGUACUUCCCCCUCACCCUUUGUCCUGUGUGUGCGCUCUCCAGCUUGCAGCACUCCUGGCUACCUUUUGACUUGAUAUCGUCUGAACUCUCACUCAGUGCAGGGAGUUCUGUGACCACUUAACAAGCUUAAUUAACAAGUCAUCAGUCGCGAAAGUAAUUUGCAUAAUGUCCAAUUUACAAUAAAAUUUAAAAAAAAGUAUCACUUUCUCCUCCAGUGCUUAUUUUUAUUAAAAACAGAACCUGACUGUAUUAUAUAACAAGGCACAUUGUAAUAUAUACCUGUAUGAAACAUCCUGUCUGUCAGUUUGGUGAUUUGUUUCCAUGAGAUUAAUUGUAAUUCAGUCACAAUUAUGUUGCAUUAAAUGACAAAUUUUCUA